AGCUCAUCCUAGAGGGGCUGCUAAAUAUCUACUGGGGUCUUCGCCGACCGAUAAGACUUCAGAUGUUCGAUGACAAUGAAAGAUUUCGACUCAACAGAAACGAUAAAUCUGUACAGCCAUCAGCAGAGUCCAACAAUAACUCCCCGAGCAGUGAAACCAGACCAGCUGYCGGUGAGCUGGGUGGUCAGGAGGAAGAGGACUCCCCUCAGCUGCUGAGGACCAGGAGRGACGCCUCCUUCAUGCGCACCCAGAGACGGUCCAACACACACUCCGCCAGAGACCUGCAGCGCCUGCGCGCGCACAGGUUCUCCAUCAACGGGCACUUUUACAACCACAAGACGUCUGUGUUCACCCCAGCCUAUGGUUCAGUCACUAACGUACGCGUAAACAGCUCGAUGACAACGGAACAAGUCCUCAACCUGRUGCUGCACAAGUUUAGGGUGGAGAAUAACUCAGAUGAGUUUGUACUUUAUAUGGUGCAUGAGUCUG